UCGAGACUUAUGUACACAGCGUUUUCGCUCUUCUAACUAUCGCGAACGUUAAAGCAAGAAUAUAUGCUACUCUUAAAAUCGAUUCUCAGUUUUUCAAACCCUAGCCCUAGGAAUUUAAUAGGUAGCUAGGGGGUAUCAAAACUUAAUACUUAAUUUUGGUGCUACUGAACAUUAAUUAAUACGUAUUUAAUAUUUAAUAAACAGUGUAAAAUAAACUGUGUUGUCAAUCUUCUAUUCAUUCAUCAAGUGACAAGGAAAUCAAAGCACAAUAUAGAACUCUAGAAUGAAUUGUUACAAAUGGUAUAUACAUUUUCUAGUAAAACAUCCAUACAUCCUUUUACUGGUUAUUGCUGCAAUAUCAUGUGCCUGUUUAAUUGCACCCUUUACUUUAGAGAAUAUGAACAGUUUCGACUUUCAAGAUCCUCAAGCGGGGUUUUCAACAAGAAGUACAAUAAUAGCGGAUCGACUAACAGCUUGGGAAAACUUGCAACGCGAGGUUCGUUUUUCAGGGAGUUUAGUAAAGAACCCGAAAGAGUUUUUAAUUGGCAAGGAAAUGUCUCGAACAACUUUUAAACCGCGAACUAGAAAGCCGAAGGGUAAACAAAAAGGGAAAAUGAAGGAGACGCCAGGAACAACUCCGAAAACUGAUAUACAUGAACAGCAAAAUGGGUUACAAGAUCAGAGUACAGAUAAAACUGUUUAUGGGAAGAUUAUCUUAAAUGAAAUAACCUCUACAGGACAGCCUGAGAUUAGAAAUAAAUGGCGAACUUUAAAAAAAUUAGACGCUCCUAAGCCACAUCAUAAGCCAAAGAGUUUCUGUGGUGGACCAGAAGAAAAUUACGUUCAUUUAGUAAUUAAAGCAAAUAAUGGGAAUGAUUUGUUUACAUGGGAGAAUUUGAAAUUAUUAUGUAGAUUGGAAAACUUUAUAAUGAAUUUAAACAUUGUUCCCGAUAUAUGUAUUUCCGAUACUGAAAUUGAUGGGGAAUGUUGCAAGCCAUGGUCUUUACCGAACUAUAUUGCAGCAUUAUUUGACAAACACUCUUGUUUAAGUAUCACGGAAGCGGAUGUAAAUAAAACAAAAUCAAUCUUGGAAGAAUGUGCAAUACAUUUUCAUAAUAACAAGUUACGAGAUUGUCGGUUUUGUACUAUACCUGCACAUUGCCAAAAACAUGAUGCUGUUUUUACUAUCUUCAACUAUUUGAUUACCGUCAGUUCCAUUCCUUCAAAUGCUUCCGACAAUCAAUUGCAAAAGCUGGAAGAAACACUUUUAUUUCUGCCUAUUGCUGCCAGUACUGCUAGUAAACCUUUGUUUAAUGAAUUUGAAAGGCUCGGAACAGAAUUUGAAGGACUUUCCAUAGUGGCUAUGGAAUUUGGAAUAAAAAGUGCCAUUUUUGAUGAAUAUCUUUUAAAAGAUGCUCGACUAAUGGGAUUAGGAGCAUUUUUUGUGUUCGUCUGUUUAUGGGUUUAUACAGCCUCAAUAUUUGUAACUGUGAUGACAAUAAUGUCUGUAUUUAUUGUGUUGACUGCAACCUAUUUUUUAUAUCAAGUGGUUUAUGCAGUGAAUUUUUUUCCUUUCAUGAAUAUGCUCAGCGUCAUUAUUUGCAUAGGGUUGGGAGCUGACAACGCAUUUAUAUUAUGUAAGAUAUUCAGCUCAAAGAAAUUGGAGAUGACCGAUAAUAAGGACUUGUACAAAAUUAUGUAUGGUACUUUUGAGCAUUCCUUUAAAACCAUGUUUGUUACUUCCUUAACAACUGCGGUUGCAUUUUGGUCAUCGUAUACCAGUUCUGUAACUGUGAUCAGCUGCUUUAGCAUAUUCACAGGAACAGCCAUAAUACUAAAUUUUGUCUUAAGUGUUUCAUGGAUUCCAGCUUGCUUGAUAGUAAGGGAGCAGCCUUGCUGUAACAGUAAGAAAUUGGCUUGUUUUAUUCCUACAAUUAGUAAACUCUGUUGCUUUAAAGGCAAAUGGACAAUGAUUUUAGGAAAUUUUUUAGUGAGAAUAUGGAAUAAUAAGGGCGAAUGGAUAAUAAACGCAGUUAUAAAGUUGCGAUAUCUCUGGAUAACCUGCUUCAGUGCGUUAGCAGUUGCUAGUGUAGUAGUUGUUUUUAUUAAACCAGGUUUGGUUUUACCUAAUUCACUGGAUAUUCAGUUGUUUCGAAUAGGACAUCCUUUCGAGAAAUACGAUUUUAUUUACAAAAGCAAAUUUUUGUUUCAAAAGCAGAAGAGCGACAAAAGCCUUAAUGACAAUAAUAUGCCAUUAAGAUUUGUUUGGGGAGUGGUUCCUGUUGACAAUGGUGAUCAUCUAGAUCCUGAAAAUUUGGGAUCCUUAAAGCUGGACGAAAAAUUUGAUAUAUCAGAUCCGGAAUCUCAAAUAUGGAUGAUGAACUUCUGCAAAAAUGUUAAGUUACAAAGCUUUUAUAAGCCUACGUAUUUAUCACAGACCAGAUGCUUUAUCGAAUCUUUUGUCGAAAGCAUGAAACGACCUUGUAAUAAUUCUUUUAUUUACAAAGAUCUAAGGCCGUGUUGUGCUGAGGCUACAUUUCCAUUUAAUAGAAGUGUUUUUAGCAAAUGUGUCAUAGAUGAUGUGGGUGAAGUAUAUAGGUCGCCUGCAUUAGUAACAUAUCCACGUACUGCAGGUGCCAUUUUCUCAAAAGAGGAUUUGCCAAAAAUAAAAGCUGUUGUAAUCGAGUUUGAUAGCAGCGAAUCGUUUUCGAUGGAUUAUACAAAAAUUAAUAAAUUUUAUAAUGAUGUUAACGAAUGGACGAAUUUGCAACUUUUGACUGCUCCGCCCAAUAUGAAAGACGGAUUUUUCAUAUCUGAACUUGGAUAUUAUGAUCUACAACGCGAACUGAAUAAAGGAACACAACUUGCAAUUGUAGUGUCCACGCUUCUCACAUCUGCAAUUUUAGUCGCAUGUACUUUAAAUAUUGUACUUACAAUUAUUGCAACCGUAACUAUAACAUUUACAAUAUUGACCACAAUUGCUGGUUUGGUGUUAUACGGAUGGACUUUAAACAUCGUGGAAUCAAUAACCAUAUCAACUGCUAUUGGGUUAGCUGUAGAUUUUGCUUUGCAUUAUUCAAUCAGUUACAAGUUGUGUCCAGCACAUUUGUCCAAUAAUCGAGAAGAUGCCACUCGGUUCGCUCUUUCGUCCUUGAUGAGCCCGUCUUUUAUGGCAGCAUUAACUACAGCGGGUGCGGGUUUUUUUAUGUUGUUUUCCUCGGUUUUGGCAUAUUUUCAAAUAGGAUUAUUUUUAUUGUCUAUUAUGUGUGUCAGUUGGUUGUAUGCCACAUUAUUCAUGGGAUCACUUUUAGUGACAAUUGGUCCAACACAAAAUUGUUGCCAAUAUUCUUCUAAGAAGGUGCUUCGUUUAUUCCAUUGCGGAAAUAAACCGUUAAGACAAAAAAAUGAUACCGUGAUAACAAGUACUUCUAGCACUACAGAGUUAGAUAGAAUAUCAUUUAUAAAUCAUGAUACUCCGAUGCCAAUAAAAAAGAAAGCUUCGUUUAAGGAACCGUUGGUACGAUAUACAUCGAAUCAAGGGAUUGCAGACCAAUCGCCUUCUAGCAAUGUAACUAUAAUUACAGCGGAAGAAUGAACGUGGAUAUUUACGGUCUAAUUGUAAUUACAAACGUACAAAUGUGGUUUUAUCAAUUAUGACAAUAUCAGUCACUCCGGAAUUUGUAUUGACUUAAAUGUUCAGUUUUUCUGGCCUAUAUGCUUGUCAAUCGUUCCUGAACAAAACAAUAAAUUAUAUGUUUCUUUGUCUUAGAAUGCUUUGAAUGUUUAGUACACUUCCAUAUCAGCAGAUCAACAAAGAACGUCUGGUGCCUACAUUUUGUCCAAUUUUAAUCCGAGAAAAUGAUCAAAUUUGUGAACCGAUUUCAAUUCAUGACGCCUCUCCUUUCCUUUGUUGUAACCUUCAGUAGUCGCGCCUAAAUUUUUGUAUAGAUGCGCUAGUGAUCUCACGUCCAUUUCUUGGGUUCUCUGGACCGUAAAUUUGAAUUUUAGAGAAAUUUGCGCACAGAUCACCAUUUUGCGGGACCAUUCGUCUGGUAAUAAAAAAAUGAUAAAAAGAAUGAUGUGCCUGUGACGAAGGAAUUGAUCACAGGAUUUAGCAUGGCGUAAAAAUUACCAUUGUCCAUCUUCUCGUAUUUCUGGCGCAAUGCGUUUAGCUGAUGAAUAGUUCAACUCUGGAUUUUUGAACUUUGUUCAAACAGAAUCUAUUAUAAUUUCUGGUUUAUUUGACGAACAUUUUUUUUUCCAAAAGAUACUCAUUAUCAUGGGAAGCGAACAAACUCCGGUAGGGUUAAGAAAUUCCUCUCUUAUUUUUCCAAUCAUUUCAUUCAUUUUCAAACCAUUAUAGCGGCGUAAAGCAAAUCCAUAUUUGUGAACCAGGUGUCUAUAAUUACGUUUCUUACUGAUUUCUUUAUUGGUUAGCACAGUUAUUGAACUACGUUGUUUGAGAAAUUACUUUGACUGAAAGACCCAUCGGAUUUCUUCUACACUGUGGCAUCUGCCAUGAAACCUAUUUUAAUGGUAUGUUUAUUUGGUUUCACUGUAUAUACUGUCGGAAGCUGCUGAUAAGUUCCUAACUUUUCGUCUAUGGAGACGCAUUCAAAUGGGAGCUUUCGUAUUGAUUUGCAAUCUAUUUUUGACACCUAAUCUGUUCUAUGUUGAUUUGCCUAGAGUUUCCUCGCGUUAGAUAAUUACAAAUUUUCUUCAUUUGUGUAUCAUACAAUUAACAAUUAACAUGUGUUUACAAAAAAUGUAUUAAACUACUAAAUGAUUGAAUUCAAAACAUUUCAAUUUAACUCAUUAGUAGUGUACCUACAGCGUAUAGAAAGUUUGGAAUAAACAAAUAUUUUUACUUUUUUACUGAAACUUACUAAAUAAACAAAAGCAAGAAAAAUAAUUAUAUGUAAGUAUAGGUAGCAAGUAAUAGAUAAAUGAGGGUAUUUAUUAUGUGCAGAUGACACUUAUUGAAAAUAGCAUAAAAGUUGACAAUAGACCUUCGAUAUUAAUAGACCGACCUGCAGUUAAAACUAUUAAGCCCUUGAACUGCAGGCAUUUGAUUUUGUUUAAAGGAUUUUUAAAAUUCCUGAUUCUAUUUGAACAACUAAGUGUGUAUGCUUGCUUAAUAUGGUUAGUUUAGUUUUAAUCUUCUGGAGCCUUUUUCUGUAGGAAAUAAAGAUU